GCAGAUGACUUCAUCCGAGCGAAUGCCUGCAAUAAAUUGACCAUCAUCGCCGAGCAGAUCCGGUACCUGCAGGAGCAGGCUCGGAAGGUCUUGGACGAAGCUAACAGAGAUGCUGAUCUGCACCACGUGGCCUGCAACCUUGUGAAGAAGCCGGGAAACAUUUACUACAUGUACAGGCGGGAGAGUGGCCAGCGAUACUUCUCCAUCCUGUCUCCUAAGGAAUGGGGCACCAGUCCCCACGAAUUUCUCGGUGCCUAUAAGCUCCAGCCUGACAUGUCCUGGACUCCGUUUGAGGACAUCGAGAGACGAGACGCUGAAAGAAACAUCCUGGACAAGCUGCUGAGCCGGCAGGCAGCGCUACCCCCAUGUACAGAGCCCAACUUCCAGGGCUUGACCAAGUGA